AUGGCUUUUCAAGAAUUCAAUGAUACUGGUUAUUGGGGUAAACCUACAGCUACCAUUGAUUGGUGUGAGAAAAAUUACGAAGUAAAUUACUAUGUUGCUGAAAUGUGGAACACUAUCAGUAAUUUAAUGAUGAUAAUACCUCCAUUAUGGGGUAUUUGGGACAUGAAAAAACAAAAAUUUGCACAAAGAUUUUUUUUUUGUUAUUCAUUCAUUUUGGUGGUUGGUUUUGGCAGUUUGGCGUUUCACAUGACACUUUUGUAUGAAAUGCAGUUAUUUGAUGAAUUACCAAUGGUUUGGGGAACAUGCUAUUGUGUUUAUUGCUUAUCAAUUGUAAAACAUGAUAUGAGAUCUAAGAUUAUUCCGAAUAAACUAUUAUUAUUAGCAUUGAUAAUUAUAAGUAUUGGAUUUGCAAUAAUCUAUCUUGCUUGGCCACAACCAUUACUGCAACAUUUUUGUUAUGGUAUACUAGUUGCUAUAUCAUUGGCACAGGAAAUCAAAUUAAUAUUAGAAUUUAAAUGUGCUGUUUGUAAACGUAUGUUCAUCGUCGCAAUAGCGCUGUACCUGUUUGGGUUUUUUUUGUGGAAUAUAGACAAUAUACUCUGCAAAAAUAUUACGAUCUUAAGAGAACAGAUUCCAAUGUUUCUUCAACCAUUCACUCAAAUGCAUGCCUGGUGGCAUAUAUUUACAGGCUAUGGAGUUUAUAUUCAAGUUCUAUUUUGUAUUCACAGCACAUAUGAUUACCAUAAAAAAUAUAAACAUUCAAGUGUGCUUUUACCAGAACAUAUGUAUUUUAGUAUACGUUGGCAGAAAACUACAAAAAGUUAUUAA